ACAUUCACCGUCGGGUUGAGCGCCGCUCCCCGGAAAACAGACCACACGUCCCCGCCAACAGCCGUAUCUGCAACACGAGAGAAUAACCGAAUUAAUGCCCAUCAUUAGAUAGUAGUAGCUCAGUCAUAUUGAUCGCCUGUAUCGUUUACGCCUCCGAGCGGGGGUUUGGUUUUUUUCUAAGCGGGCGCGAGAGAAACCUUCGCUGUCGAAAGGGAACGAGUCUGGCCAUUGAGAUGUCGGAAGAUUUGUCACAGCAAGAUAGACUUCGGGCCAUUGCUGAGAAGAGAAAGAGGGAUGCUGAGAUUGAGAACAAAAGAAGACAAUUGGAGGAUGACCGCAGACAACUUCAGCAUCUCAAGUCAAAGGCAUUGAGAGAGAGAUGGCUGUUGGACGGAGCGCCAUCCAGUGGAGAGGACGAGGCACAGAAACAACUACAAGAGGAUGAAGCUAAGACCAAACUACUGGAACAGACCAUCCUCAGACUAGAACAGGAGAUUGAUGAGCUUGAGAGUGGCAUCCCAUUGAAUAAAGGAGAUAAACAGGGCAAUGAAAAUGCACCUGAUGGUCCAGUGAAGGCAGUUGAGAAUGGCAUACAGCAGCCCAGUCCUAAUGCAGAUCAAAAUAGCAAGAAACAGAUCACAGGCAUUGAGGCAAAGCUGCAGUGCACCAACCCUGAUGUAGCCAUUGAGAAUGCCAGCGCAGAGCAUCCUGUCACCAUGGUGUUCAUGGGCUACAAGAAUGUAGAGGAUGAGGCUGAGACCAAGAAGGCACUGGGCAUAGAGGAGACAGUCAAAGCUGAAUUUGUGGUCAUUGAGGACGGCGAGAACAAAGGUGGAAACGAAGGGGCCAAAGAGGACCAGGCCCCACCAAACGGUAGUGCCUCCAGUCCUGACAAAGCUCAGGAUGAGGCCAAGAAAGAGGAAUCGAAAGAAGAGGGCAAUUCGAAAGAAAAGCAGCCGUGCAAGUGCUGCACAGUCAUGUGAGUGCGACCGCUCACCUUGAAGUUUAGACUCUGGCGGAAAACUGACCCCCUGACCAUAGCGCAACAAUGAAUGAGUAUACCCCGUAUACUUAUAAUUAACUUUUGUUGUCUAGUAUGUAUUUCUUUUUUUAUUUUUAUUAAUAUUUUUCUAUAUUUCUGUCUUGACAUUUAUAUAUCUAUAUAUACAUAUAUUUUCAUUAUGUAAUGAAGUCCAGUAUUUUACUUGUUGAAGAACAGAAAAAUGAGGACCACAACAGACAACAACAUAGUUAAAAGAACAUCUUUGUGGCCCUCACCCUUAUUUUGUUUUUUCAGAAAAAUAAGAUGAACAUCUCAAUAUAUGAACUAGCUAUUUAUCUCCCAUAUACAUUUGUGUUUCUAAGAUAUUACUUUAUUAUUGAGAAGAAAUUACUAUAUUGAUAUUACAAUGUUAUGCUUUUAAUAUAUAUUUUGAGCCUUUUGUUUUGUUUUAGUUUGUUUGUUUUUUGCCAAAUCAUCUCAGACCACUGUGAACACUGGUACAUAGAGUGUAGUCUUCGUCCACAGCCAUACAUUCUGCAUUACACCUCAUAGUAGGCCAAUAUGUUUGUAAAUAUGAUCCAAUUAUUUAUGACUGUUCAUGCCAUGAUAGAAUACAUUUAAUCAUUUUGUUUUUAAUAGGCUGCUGUAAUUACCCCCAGAUCCCGAUUAUAACCACAGCAGCUGCUUUAACAGUAAAUCACGUUUUAUAGGCCAAAUACUAUUUACAAGAUAACCCAUUUUAAACUCAUUAUCUUUUCUACAUGAAGGAUAACAUUGUUAGAUAUAAUUGUAAUCAAUAUUCAUUUUUGAAAAUGUUAUAACAUUGCAAUGCCUCAUAUUACAUAUAUGUAGUCCAUAUUGUCAAAAUGCAUUCUUACUGUAUGUAAAAUAUAUCUUAUUAUCAUUUGAAAAAAAAAAAAAAAAAAAAUGCAUUGUUUGAAGUUGAGGGUUUUUUGGUGUUAAAUGGGUUGCUGUAAGUUGCCCUCAAUUUAACAAGAGUCCAAAAUGAAUGUUUCAAUGUUCAGGCAGGUUAUUCACAAUAAUGAAUCAAUUAUUCGUGUUAAUUCAUGUUAAGUAGUCUGGGGUCUAAAACAUGUUUCUCAUUCCAAGACCAACAGCUUUGUAAAUGUAGUUUUGCUGUCUUUAUGAUAUUUCAAUUUAAUUAAUUAUUUCAUGUGUUGUGGAUAUCAGAUAAUGUCAUGAGUUAUAGGUGCUUUAUUGAUAUGGCCAAUGCCUGUUAUGGUCCAAGUGUUUAAAACAGGAACAAUGACAAUAAAACAAAAAAAGUGUUUGUUUACA